AUGGCGCCAAAUAAUCGAUGGAAGUUUGGUAGGGCAUACAAGGCAAUGAAGGCACUUGGUUAUUCUACAGAAACAGUGAAACCAAUACUCAAGAACCUAUUGGAUGCAUAUGACAAAAACUGGGAUCAUAUUGAAGAUAACAAUUAUGCUGUUCUUGUUGAGGCGAUUUUAGAUGACGACGACCGGAAGAAGGAUGACCAACUACUGACUUCCUGGCUUGAAGAUGACUCUGAAGAAAAUGAUGACCGCCCACUGAAGCGAUCUAGACAUGGAAGUAGUAAUUCUUCACCUGCUCAUAUAUACCCUGACUCAAAACAGAGUGAAACAACUGCUGGUUUUCUGUAUACACAGAAGGACAACCAUAAUAGGUCUUAUACAACUCAAGGGAAUGAUGAAAAUGCAAUGCAGGUUCUUCCUCCACAAAGAAUGUGUAAAGGCAGAGAAAAGAGAGAGAGUUUCCCAAAACCGUCGCCCAUCAUGGAAAAACUCGAGUGUAUUGAAGUGCUGUCUGAUAAUGAAAAUGAUGAAAAUGAUCAAAAUGAUUCAGUGUCCUUUCAAAAACCAUGUUUGAUUAGUACUGAAGGAACAUCACCUCUGUUUUUGGCUAUGACUAAAAGAAGAUUAACAUACGAAAGCACUCCUGCUUCCUUAUUAGAAAAUCCAAAUGUUGUGUGCAGUUCUGAUGUUUCUUCCAACACAAAUGCUCCUGAUAAAUUUAUUUCUGGUGCUGUGAUACCUGUAAAUGAGCCAUUUCCUGAUGAUCAGCCAGGUGAAUUUCUAUAUUCUGAAACUUCAACUACAGAGGAAAAAUGCUUAGAAUUAUCUGAACCAAUUCUAUUGGGCAUGGCAGAAAAGGAUGGAUCUUCAAAUGGAAUUAGAGGACAUUUUUUGGAGUUCCCAGGCUCUGAAGAUUUGUAUAUAGAGGGGAAACAAAAUGGGCCAUCAGAUUCACCACAGCUGGAUAUUGCUUCCACUCUCAAAGGGGAAGUGAAAAUUUCUUUGAUCUACAAACCUUCUUCACAAUCAGAUUUUUGUGCUCCAAGUUUAGAUACUGUGGUGCAAAGGGUGGAAGAAGACUGUGUUAAAUUAUAUAGAAUUACUCAACCUGGAUUCUCAUUGUUGAAGCUGAUGGAAGAUGUGUGUGAGGACUUUCUUGCAGCUGGGACCAUUUCUAAUGGGAAAACAAGAUCUUUACAACAAUCAACUACUAUUUUCCCUGUUAAACAUAAUCAGGAAGCCAUCAGGUUUGGGUGUGCUGAUCAUCAACCCAUGUUUUGCAUUGCAUCGGAGUAUUUUAAUGGGACAGUCGUAAUUCGUAACCUUAUCAAAGUCCAACCCCAAAUUCCGAUGAUUCCACGCUCAAACAUGUUGGAAACUAUUUGUAUCAUGAGAAAUAUCAAUUGUAAAAGAAGUCAAGGUGCUGAGGAGCACAGUAAAAGGAAGUCUCCUGAAAUUCUUGGAUCCUCAACUACAUCCAGCGGCAGUAUGGUUGUUUGGGAGCCACAAUCUUCACGCAAGCCUUUUUACUAUGUUGAAGACAUUACUAAAGGUGAAGAAGAGCUGAAAAUUUCUUUGGUAAAUGAAUUCAGCAAUGAACGUCCACCUCCAUUCAUGUACAUUCCUACCAACACUGUUUUCCGAGACGCACGCAUCAAAUUUCUUCUUGCUCGUAUAUCAGAUGACAACUGUUGCUCAUGUUGUGUUGGGGAUUGCUUGUCCCAAAAAAUACCAUGUGCUUGUGCUGGUGAAACAUGUGGUGAAUUUGUUUACACAACAGAGUGCUUAGUUAAGGAAAAGUUUCUUGAAAGUUGCAUCUCAAUGAACAGUGAACCUCAAAAGCAUCAUCAAUUUUAUUGUCAAGACUGCCCACUUGAAAGGUCAAGCGAUAAAAACUUGCCUGCAAAAUGCAAGGGUCACCUUGUAAGGAACUUUAUUAAAGAGUGCUGGCAUAAAUGUGGUUGCAGUAAAAAAUGUGGAAAUCGCGUUGUUCAGCGAGGCAUAACUGUGAAAUUGCAGGUUUUUAUGACUCCUGAUGGAAAAGGCUGGGGGGUGAGAACACUUGAGGACUUACCCAAAGGUGCUUUUGUUUGUGAGUAUGUGGGAGAGAUCGUAACCAACACGGAGCUAUUUGAGCGAAAUAUGCACAGUGCUAAUGAGAAGCACACUUAUCCCGUGUUGCUAGAUGCUGACUGGAGUUCUGAAAGAGUCUUAAAGGAUGAAGAAGCACUCUGUUUGGAUGCUACACACUAUGGAAAUGUUGCAAGAUUCAUUAAUCACAGAUGUUUUGAUGCCAACUUGGUUGAGAUACCUGUGGAAAUAGAGACUCCAGAUCAUCACUACUACCAUAUCGCGUUCUUUACAACUAGGAAUGUUAAUGCUUUGGAAGAGUUGACUUGGGACUAUGGUAUAGAUUUUGGUGAUCGCAGUCAUCCUGUGAAGGCUUUCAAGUGCCAUUGUGGUAGCAAACUAUGCAGAAAUGUGAAACGCAAGAAGAGACGUAACUUUGUGGAGGAAGAAGUAGAUCUUGAUGAUUCCCUAGUUCAUGUUAAUAGAGCACAGAUGAAAGCAGCAGCUAUUGCCUCAGUUUAA